CCUCUCAGGAGAGUCUUUCAAACCCGAGAUUGUAAUCGUUUCGCGAGGAUUGUGAAGAUCGGAAACCAGAGAAGAGAGAAAGCAAAAGAAAAUGGAAAGCCGGUGGAAGAUGACAGUCAUCGCAAUAACCAUCGGGACCUUCGUGGCGCUCUCGAUCUUCUACAGACGCCGGCGGAAGCAGAAGUGCCCCCUGAGUUCGUGUUAUUUACGGGCCGAACAGACCAAGCCACAACAGGCGUUUAAGCGAGUCUUUGCCGAUAAUUCCUACUCUCUGUUCAAGCAUUUGAAGCUCAACGAGUCUACUGAGGAGAAUGCUUUAAAUUCGCAUCCAUAUGAGGCGGAGAUUUUGGCAUUGUUGGGGAAUCCUCAACUUGAAUUCAGCUUCUUAAAUGGAAGUGUGGAUUCGAAAAUGAGCGAGGAAUAUACUUGGAUUGAGACAGAGUCCCAGUUGAAGGAACUCCUUGAUGUUUUGAGCAAAGAGAGGGUCUUUGCUGUCGAUACUGAGCAGCAUAGUUUACGAUCCUUUCUAGGUUUCACAUCUUUAAUACAGAUUUCUACCCAGAAAGAGGAUUAUUUGGUGGACACGAUUGCUCUGCAUGAUUCGAUGGGGGUUCUUCGCCCUGUUUUUGCUGAUCCUAGUAUUUGUAAGGUGUUCCAUGGGGCUGAUAAUGAUGUUCUUUGGCUACAAAGAGACUUCCAUAUAUAUGUUGUUAAUUUAUUUGACACAGCAAAGGCAUGUGAGGUUUUGUCAAAACCACAGAAAUCACUGGCAUACUUACUUGAAACUUACUGUGGUGUAUCCACAAACAAAUUGUUGCAGCGUGAAGACUGGAGACAACGGCCCCUAUCAAAAGAAAUGGUGCAAUAUGCUCGAAUAGAUGCACACUAUCUACUGUACAUUGCAAAUUGUUUGAUCGCUGAGCUCAAACAACAGGACACUGAAAUCUCUUGUCCCGAUGACAAAUCCAAUUUUGUUCUCGAGGCUAGCCGGCGUUCAAACAUGAUUUGUUUGCAACUCUGCACAAAAGAGGUUGAAGCUUUUCCUGGAGAGUCUGCUGCAUCAUCAUUAUCUUCACGUCAUUUGAAUAGUCAAGGAGGUGUUUCAUCAACCCAGUUUCUGGAUCUUGUGAGGCGAUUGUGUGCAUGGAGAGAUUUAAUGGUUAGCUCGUGUGCAGAUGAGAGCUUAAGAUAUGUAUUAUCAGAUCUGGCUAUUGUCACUCUUGCAGACAAAGCUCCAAUGACUCCAACAGAAAUAUUUAGCACCAUAACUCAAGCUGAUCUGAAUGUGGAAUUGAGUUUCAAUUCUUUCCUCCUGUCUCCAUCCCCUGUUGUUUGCAGUCAUUUGGAAGAUGUCUGUUCUCUGCUCCAGGACAAGAUAGGGAACUUCAAUGAUGUUUUUCCCAUGAUUCUCCAAAAGUGCCUAGGUCCAGGUGGGAGUUGUCCACUCUCUAUUUUGAAUUAUGCUUUAUUGGUUAACUGUAAUCUGAAAGUGGCAGUUGCAUCCAAACAAAAUGGGGAAAGAAGCUCAAAGCAAGCUGCUAGAAAGUCUUCUCGAGAUCUGUUUGUUAAAAAAUUCUCCUGCAAAUCUCCAGUUUAUCAUAAUUGCAGAAUCUAUGCAAAUGAUGGACGGUUGCUCUGUUACUGUGAUCGCAGGAAGCUUGAAUGGUAUCUCCUUAGAGAUUUGGCAAAACUUGUGGACGAAAAUCCACCUGCCAUUAUGCUUCUUUUUGAACCCAAAGGUCGUCCAGAAGAUGAAGACAAUGAUUUUUAUAUCCAAAGCAAGAAAAAUAUAUGUGUUGGCUGUGGCGAAGGAAAUCACUACUUACGCUACCGCAUAAUUCCCUCGUGCUACAGAAUACACUUCCCUGAGCAUUUAAAAAGCCAUCGCUCUCAUGAUAUUGUCCUAGUUUGUGUGGAUUGUCAUGAAGUUGCCCAUGCUGCUGCUGAGAAGUAUAAAAAACAGGUUGCUGCAGAAUUUGGAAUACCCCUUUUUGUUAGUAAAGUGGUUGACUCAAAACAAGCCCAAGUUAUUUCGGGGUCAUCUGAGUCAGCAACGAACCUUGAGGAGGCAGGAGUAUCUCCCCUACAAUUGCGAACAGCUGCUAUGGCACUUCUGCGCCAUGGACCAAGAAUGCCAUCCAAGCGCUGUGAAGAACUGAAACAGAUUGUCAUGAGUUAUUAUGGAGGAAGGGAAAUAACGGAGGUAGAUUUGGAAAUGGCUUUGCUAGUUGGCAUGAGUCCUCACGAGAGAAGACGACUUGAGAAGAAGAAAGGGCUGUCUUUUAAGCAUUCUGCGGGGAGUAUCCUUCCAAAUGUGGAGCAGGAGAAUAAUAUAGUUUGCAUGGAGACAUCUUCCAUUGUGGAUACAUCAGAAUUCAGUACCGAAGUAGAAGCAUGUAGUAGAAAAGAAGAUAGAGAAACAGAUGCUGAUGUAGGGAUUGAUGGAGCAGUUAGUUCUACUGUAGAGAAUGUAAAUUCUGAUGAAAAUGGAGUUUCUGAUACAAAAGAUGUCCAUAUUGUAAAUUCUGACGAUAAUUGUGAGAGUAGAAGCCCAGCAGAUGGAACAGUUGACUUAUACUCUACAAAAUAUGACGGAACUGCCCAACAACAUAAGCAUAAUUCCAAAUUAUCAUUAUUAGGUCAUGGACCACAUGGGAAACAAGUUGUAGAUCAUCUACAAAAGGAAUACAGUGACGAUGGUAUUCGGCAAUUUUGUCAAAGGUGGAGACAAGUAUUUGUCGAGGCUGUUCAUCCUCGAUUCCUACCUGCUGGCUGGGAUGUAAUGCACAGUGGUAGACGGGACUUCGGUGAAUUUAGCGUAUAUAAUCCUGCCAACAAAGCUUCUCCUACUGCUUCUCUUUCAGGUAAGGAGUGAGAAAUUCCAUUUUAAAGCUUUGACGCUGUCCAUUUACGUAUUUCUUGAAGUUUUUUCACAUGGAAGAAAAACAAUUUAUCUGUCCU